CGGUGUGGACGUCUCUCAGCGCUGCCGCUUCUUUUGCAGUCUCUUUCGCGACUCUCUCGCGCGUCGUCAAGUUAACGUGAGAAAGAGAGAGCCAACGAAGAGAACACCCGAAAGCCGAAGCCCAAAUACUCGGCGCCGAGCACUCAACACUGCCGAGCGGAAGACCAGCCGAAAAUACCGAAUCGCAUUCACCGUUAUGCUCGUAUCAGUCGCGUUAUAGCAUCGCAUCUGAAAGCAUCUCCGAGCGCCACACAGCCACAAGACCACAGCAACAGUCUCCCAUCAGCAUCAGGAGCAGCAGCAUCCCAUCACCAUCACCAUCAUCGGAGGUAUCUGUGAGAUACAGCAGUUCGCGAGUGCAAAUUGCAGCUGCAACAUGUCAAUUAACUAAGUCCAACGUCCAGCGACAAACUCAAACCGAUUACGGGCGAAAAGCCAGCGACAAUUCCGACUAAACAAAGCUCAAAGCUCCUUCAUAUUCCUUCUCCUGGUUACAGAAAACCCAACUGUGACGUGCUCUUAGAUGAAAGGAACGUGCGAUGCAAUUGAAUCCAAGCAGAACCACUGAAACGCACUACUGGAUUACCCUUUUUUGGUGUGCCUUGGGAGGUUUGAUAUUAGGUGGAAUCGUUGUCAUCUCAUACUGGAUACGACGAUGCAGGACACUUGCAGCGAGGUCAGCGCAGCGCCAGCGCCGCAUCCGGAGCCGGAGCUCAUCGUCGGCUGCCCUCAACAGCGGCAACAACAACAACAACAGCACUCGAGGGACACAAAAGUCAUCGCCAGAUCACAAUCAUCGUCGUCGUCGACGCCGCAUGCUCCAGUGCAUCAACUGAAGCAGCAGCAGUCCCUGCCACAGCCCCUGCACCAGCAGCAGCAGCAGCAGCACCCAAGCAACCACCACAAUCCGCACGCCUCCAAGUCCGUGUCCAUCCUCGUCUACAAGACCCUGAACACAGUGUUCCGGAGCAGCCGCAAGAUCAUCGUACGCGUCUGUGACUUGGCCAGCUCCAAGAAGUCCUUCACGAUGUUCAAAUUCAACAAGGCCGCCCAGCAGCAGCGGAUGGACAACCGGAACAGCGCCGUCACCGGCCACGAUCCGUUUGUCCGGCCGCCGGUUCCCGAAAAGAAGGUGAAGCACAUUAUGAAGAAGCUGCACAAGGCGAACGGCUUGAAGCGCUCCAAUUCGGCGAUCGAGUUCGAUGUCUCGGCCUUGACGGCUGCCAAUCGCCGUCAGAUCUACAGUAGCAAUCGGUCGGCCAGCUCGGAGCAAGAUAACAUGUCCGACAUGUCCGAGCACUCGGAGAAGUCGCCGCUGGUUAGCGCGAGGUUAGACAAUCUAGCUAGGCUCUUCUUUAGCAAAUCGAUGCCAGCGGAAACCGGAAGUAGAGAUACCAUAGAUUCAGUACUGACAACAAGGCCGAACAUCAAAUACCAGUACUCGGCCCUGGACAGCGGCAAUGGGAUCGUGGAGCGGAGUCCCCGGGAGCGGGCCCAGCGAGAGCGGGCCCUGAACGCCACCCAGGAGUGGGUGCAGAGCGCCAACGGGCGGUACGAGGUGAUCGCCCAUCUGGAUGAGAUCGGCUCGAGGCACGGCAAGAACUGGUUUCUGGUCACAGAUGCAUCGGUCCGCACAGAUCGUCUGCUGACGCUGCUGCCCCUGCCGCCCGACUGUGUGGCCUUCGAGGACAUGCCGCCCAACGAGAGCCCCAGGGAGAUACUGAUGGAGCUGCUGGGCUCCCUGCAUCAUCCCUACAUCUAUCCCGUGCUGGAUCUGGGCUUCUUGCGCAGCAGCGCCAACGGCUAUGCGUGCCUCGUCACGCCCUUCAACUCGCGCGGCAGCCUCAAGGAUCUGAUCUACAAGGCACAGUGGAACGAGCCGUGGGUGAAGAAGUACACGCGAAAACCGAACGGUUUGCCCGUCAGCCAGGUGCAGCGUCUGGGACGGCAGAUCCUGGAGGCCCUGCUCUUCCUGAAGGAGCGCGGUUUUCCGCUUCACGGUCACCUGCACAGCGGCAAUGUCAUACUGCAGAAUGGAGCCGCCAGGCUAUCGGGCCUGGAGAACGGCCUGCUGGGCCUCAGCUCGCGGAACAACGCCGUGAUGUGGUCACGCUCGGUGACCGAGAUCGAGAACGUCGACAUCGUGUGCUUCGGCCACCUGCUGUACGAGAUGUGCACGGGCCAGGAGCUCAACACACCCAAGCCGUCCAUACGGGUCCUCGAGAUGGAGCUGAAUCACUAUCCACAAAUUGGCCAGAUUCUGGAGAUCCUGGGCCUGAUCUUUGAGCCGCCCAGCGGUGUCUGCCCCUCCGUGGAGGACCUAGUCCUGUGCGAUCUCUUUCGCAGCAUUGAUCUGCGAGAGCUGAGGGGUCCCUGCUUCAGUACAAUUAAGCCGAGCCUCAGCCGGUCCACCCUGAAUCUGCUGCAUGCCGUGAAGAAGCGGCAAUGCGCCACCCUGGGCCACUCCCUCAGCGAGGCCAGUUCGCCCUGUACGCCGCCCUCGACGCCGCACGAUCGACGCACUGGAAUCAGCCGAACAAUGGACUCAUUUGACAUAUCAAGCGACUCGGAGGAGGGGCUGCUCGAGGAGAUUGUCGUCGGGGGCAGGUGCCACCAGCAGCACCUGAUGCGCCUGCAGCAGUGGCACUCGGCCCACUCGUACACGUACGAGCCGGCCACGGAGUCGCCCAUCCACUACUGCGACCAUGCGGCCCUCUACUCGGACGACAAUAGCCUCCACGACCAACAGCCGCCCACCAUCCGCUGCAGCACGAGCAGCCAGAGCAAUCUCAAUGUGAUGCUGGCCGAGGGCACCGCCGAUGCGGAGGGGGAGGGGCAGGAGGAGCUGCAGGAGCUGCAGGACCAGGACGAGGCGGAGGUGGCCAGCGGCUCGUCGGGGGCCCAGCGGCUGCAGGCGCCCGCUGCCGGCGGCAGCUCGGCGGGAGCCUCCUUCAACCACCAGCUGACGGCGGACAUGUGCAACUACAAGAACUCGAAGAGCCGCCGGCUGGAGUACUCGCUCAAGUGCCUCAAGUACGGGCGCAGCAACCCCUCGCAGGACUCGGCCUUCGGGUCGCUCACCGACAACGACCUGUCCAUAGCGUCGAGCAUCCGGCUGAGCAGCUUCCAGUCCAUCUCCUCGCCCAUCGACGAGGGCGUCGAGGACAUCAUCAUAGCCACCACGACGGGCGGCAACGAGACCUGCCUGGAGCUGGCCACCAUUCCCAGGAGCAUGGUCUCCCAGGACUCGGCCAUCUCCUCGCCCUGCCGCGAGAGUUCGCCGAGCAACUUCCUCCACAUCGACGACGCCAUGUCCGGUUCGGGCUCGGGGUCCACCUCGUCGGGCUCGGGCUGUGGCUCGGGCUCGGGCUCGUUCGGGAACAUGCGGCCCCAGCAGUUUCCCGUCUCGCUGUCCCCCAAGAUCCUCGUUACGGCCACCAGCAAUUCGAGCAGUUCCUCCUUGGCCUCCAACAGCAAUGCAGGACAGGCACAGGCACAGGCACAGGCCCAGGGGCACUCCCAUCAGCAACAACAGCAAUUCGAUCCGCCCAAGAUCCUGGUCAACGAUCAGAACUCCAUUUACACCACAUCGCCCUCGAAGCGGUCCGGCAUGAUCGAGGUCUUCUCGCAGAAGUACAGGUGUCCCUUCCAGGUGAGCUCCUUCGAGGACAUGUCCCCCAAGAGGGGCAACGCCGACAAGCAGCACCUGAAGCACGUCAAUCGGCUGGCCUUCCGCUCGCUGGAGGAGGAGCGGCGCAUCGACAACGCCUUCAUGCCGAUGGCGGACCGCACCCACUCGGACAAUCGCGUCAAUAUGCAGAGCGAGAAGUACAAGAAGCUCACGCACGCCUCCUUCCGCAUCAGCAAGACCUCCAGCCAGGACUCGCCCACGGCCACGGCCACUGCCACGCCCACCACACCGAAUGCCGCCGGCAAUAGCAUGGAGAUGCAGCGCACCGGCCGCCAGACACUCUGGCGGGACAGCAAGUUCUACCGGAAGAACCGCAUUGCGAAGAGCAACGACUCCCUCAUGGAGAACACGCCCUCGCCGCGGCUGUCGCCCGGCUCGCUGCGGGACAAUCAGUACGAGAGCCGGAGCAGCUCCCAGGCCAGCCGGCGAUCCCUGAGCGGCAGCCAGCAGAUGCUGAGCGUCACCACCAGCUUCUGUGGCAACGGCAGUGGCGGCGGAUCGGCGGCCCGGAAUGCCGCCCGCUACUGCAGCUCGAAGAGCGAGGAUCUGGGCGAGUCCUCGGACUACCUCAGGGUGAUGGAUGCCAGGAAAUCCUACUCGGAACGCCACUUGGUGCGCCUCAAGCAGACGGCCAUCAACAACACGCACAGCGAGGACGACAUGAGCUUCAACGAUGACAAUAAUCCAUCAGCAUCGGGAUUGGGCAUGGGUUUGGGAUUGGGUUUGGGUUUGGGAUUGGGAUUGGGAUUGGGCCAGGCGCACCACCACCAACACCAGCAGCCUCAGCAGGGGGGGCGCUGGAGCAGCUGCUCCAUCGGCAACCACCUGAAGACGACCAAUAUUAAGACCACCUCGUUGGCCACGCUCACGCUCUCCUGCCAAUCGAAUUUAGUAGCCAAGGCUCCUUCCGUUCCGUCAACUGCCAGCUACCGCACGCCCUCCAAGUCCCUGGACCAUUCACUGAACAUCAAGGUCCAGCAGAGCACCACCAACAACACCAACAACACCACAAACACCAGCAGCAGCAGCAGCUCGAGGGAUGAGUCGCCAUCGCGUCUGACCCUCAGCGGGGCGGAGCUGUCGCGCAUCUUCGUGAUGGACAUGGACGAUCCUCCGGGGAGCAGCUGCAGCGAGGAGAAGACACCGCUCCUGGACAGCGUGGAGAUGUCGCCAAUAAGUCCAACCGAGCCGGAGGAGCCAGAUCUAGAGAAGCUCUAAGAGAGCACAGAUCCCCAAAGACACCCCCAAAGACACUUAUCGAGCAGCCGAAAUGCAAAGCAUGUGAUAAAGAAACCAAAUGAAAUAGAGAACGGAAAUGGAAAUGGAACGAGACAGUGCCAGUGUUGGUUAAGGUAAUGGCAGUGCUAUAAGACACGAUACAGAGAGAGAAAUAUAUGUGUAUGUAUAAUUGGGGGCUGCUUUCGCCUUUGCUUGAACCCACACUCAAAGCUUUCUUCUGGUAACAAUAAUAUUUUCGUCUUUAUAUUGAACUUUAGCCGAUUGCUUUUACAAUCUCUCUCUUUACAACACUACAGAUGCGUUCGGUUUUUUUGUACAGAGGAGAGACAGACGAUAGUUUUGCGGCAUUAUACGGAAUUAUACAAUUUAGUACUUGGUAGUCGAUUCGAUAGUUAAGACUUGAAGCUUCGCGGCAGAUAAUAUUUUACUGUAGACCCCCCAAACAACCGGCCAGAACGGGGCAUGUUUUAAAAGUAUACAUAUAUAUAUAUAUAUAUAUAUAUAAAUAAAUAUUAGGAAACAAAAACAAUGCCAAAUGGAAUUUGGUGAGAGGCAGAGUUCGAGAAUUAAAAUUCUUUGUUACACACACACACACACACACACACACACACACACACACUUAUAAGCAAGCACACUAAAGAUUAUCGCCUAAGAGUUAGCAAAAAAAAAAAAACGAUAAAC